GCUGGAAGACCCGGCCUCCCAGGGGACAAAGGUGCCAUUGGGAUUCCUGGACGUGUGGGAGUAAAGGGCCAACCAGGCGAGAAGGGGGCCCCAGGAGAUGCCGGCAUGUCCAUCAUUGGUCCCCGCGGCCCCCCUGGUCAGCCGGGCACUCGAGGUUUUCCUGGAUUUCCGGGUCCCAUCGGGCUAGAUGGAAAACCGGGCCACCCCGGACCCAAAGGAGAGAUGGGCCUGACGGGUCCCCGAGGACAGCCGGGACCUCAAGGACAAAAAGGAGAAAAGGGUCAGUGUGGAGAGUACCCACAUCGGCUGCUGCCUCUCCUCAAUUCAGUGCGACUGGCUCCACCCCCAGUCAUAAAAAGGCGGACCUUCCAGGGCGAACAGGGCCAGGCCGGUAUCCAAGGACCACCGGGGCCACCAGGCCCCCCUGGACCGAGCGGACCUCUGGGGCCCCCGGGACUGCCAGGGCCCAUGGGGCCCCCCGGCUUACCUGGGCCUCCAGGACCAAAGGGAGACCCAGGAAUCCAGGGUUACCACGGCCGAAAGGGAGAACGAGGCAUGCCGGGGAUGCCGGGCAAACACGGAGCCAAGGGGGCUCCCGGAAUCACCGUGUCGGGGAUGAAGGGUGAGCCGGGGACCCCAGGAGCCAAGGGCGAAAAGGGGGCUGCAGGCUCCCCCGGGCUGCUCAGCCUCCUGGGGCAGAAGGGAGAAAAAGGCGACGCUGGCAACUCCUUUGGAGGGGGCAGAGGGGAGCCCGGCCCCCCAGGGCUACCUGGGCCCCCAGGCCCAAAGGGAGAAGCUGGUGUUGAUGGCCAGGCCGGCCCCCCAGGACGGCAAGGAGACAAGGGUGAGCCCGGAGCAGCCGGAGAACAGGGACCGGCUGGCCCCAAGGGCAGCAAGGGGGAACCAGGCAAAGAAAUGGUGGACUACAAUGGGAACAUCAACGAGGCUCUCCAGGAGAUCCGAACGCUGGCCUUGAUGGGACCCCCUGGUCUUCCCGGGCAAAUCGGCCCACCCGGAGCCCCGGGGAUCCCAGGCCAGAAGGGGGAGAUUGGACUUCCAGGCCCUCCAGGACACGAUGGGGAAAAGGGACCUCGAGGCAAACCAGGCGACAUGGGCCCUCCCGGUCCCCAAGGCCCCCCAGGAAAGGCUGGGCCCACAGGAAUGAAGGGUGAAGACGGACACGUGGGGAGCCCGGGAGAAAAGGGGGAGAAAGGGGAGACGGGGCAAGCAGGCCCUCCGGGUCUAGACGGCCCAACUGGGGAGAAAGGAGAACCAGGUGGCCAAGGGAGACCCGGAACAACAGGAUUGCCCGGCCCGAUCGGGCUCCCGGGAUUUACAGGGGAGAAAGGAGAGCCCGGGGAGAAGGGAGACCCAGGAGUGGAGGUUCCUGGGCCCCCAGGGCCAGAGGGGCCUCCCGGACCUCCGGGACUCCAAGGUGUUCCUGGACCAAAGGGGGAAGCGGGACUGGAUGGAGCAAAAGGAGAGAAGGGUGUCCAGGGAGAGAAAGGAGACCGAGGGCCGCUGGGAUUACCCGGAGCUUCAGGUUUGGACGGCAGGCCUGGGCCACCGGGUACUCCAGGACCAGUCGGAGUUCCAGGCCCAGCGGGACCAAAGGGCGAGAGGGGCAGCAAAGGCGACCUUGGGAUGACAGGACCAUCAGGAGCGGCUGGGCUUCCUGGUUUACAUGGACCACCCGGGGACAAAGGAAACCGGGGACACCGAGGUUUUAAAGGAGAGAAAGGGGAGCCGGGGUUACCAGGGCUGGACGGACUGGAUGCCCCGUGCCCAUUGGGCGAAGAUGGCUUACCAGUCCAGGGCUGUUGGAACAAGUGAUGCCUCUAACCUGGGAUUGGCCUGUGUGUGUGUUUGUACAUAGAGUAUUUAUUUUUAUACAGUUUUCACUUUUUGAAAAUGCCGGAAGUAUGAUGCAUCUUACAGAUUAUUAUUAAAAAAAAAAGAAAGAAAA